AUGUCCCUUGUAGGGUGUCGCAAAUCGCAAAACGUCGUCGCUAUCAGGGCGUCCAAAAUACACGGUCUUUGUCCACUUGCAGCUCUUGCGCACACGCAACGCGAGUGGAGCAAAAGGCAUGCCGCCUCAUCGCAGCCGAACGGCAUCAUCAAACCAGAAUGCACCAAGGGAAGGUUCCAUCGCUGGAGCGACCGCCACUUGCAGCGCACACACCAUCUGGAACUGGCGAGCCACGAGCUCAAGCACGCUCUUGGCGAGCCGAGCUUCGCAUCCUACUCACAACAUCAGAGGGGUCACGGCAAGCCUCCCGUUGCAGCUGGCUGGAAUGGCGACACCAACGAUCCACCACCGCCCGACCGCCGAGCCGCUUCAACUCUCUCGUCCUCUGCGUCUCAGGCCGCACUGCUACUGCGGCGUUUGCCGGCACACCCUAUCGACCCUUGUGCGCAAUGCCGAAGGAGCAAACGGGGCAGACUUGCAGCCUUUUGCGCACACACCGCCUGCCAGCUGAAAAAGAAGGGGAGAGCCGAUCACAGCGGCCGUCAUGGUAUCAUGAAGAAAGGCGUAGGGGGUUCCGAGAUCGCCGCUGGAUCGACGCGCCACUCGCACCUGUUUCCCCCCGCUCCCUUGGCAUCGGCGAACACCAGCAUUCUUUUGCCGCAUUAUGCGGGCCGCACCACGACUUGUCUGCAAUGCUCACCCGCGCGCAUCAGGUCGACCUUCAUCAACGCGCCACUCGCGCAUUCCCUUUUCGCUUUUUCGCAACCCACGCUUGGCGCACACAAGGCCAUGGGUGGAAGAGGCAAGCCGCACUGCGACUUUGCUCGCAAUGCCAUGCUCCAAACCAGGCUCACUGCUGCAUCGACGCGCCACUCGCCACUCGCAGCUCUCGCACAUCUCCUCCGAUCGCGGGGCCAGCUCAAGCCGUUCUUUGCGGCACCGCGUCGACCGCUCAAGCGACCGCAGAGCCCCGGUUGGAGCUGGCACCCGACCUGCAUAUCGCCCUCCAAGACUCACGCGCUUCACGUUCCGCGCACACACCACCGAUGUUUCGAAAAGACGAGCCGCUUGCAGCUGUCAUGGUAUCAUUAA